AUGCCUAAAACUUCCAGUACUUCGAGUCGAAAAUCACGCAAGGAAAUUAAUGCAGCUUACAGGAAGCGUAAAAAAGAUAAACUAGAGUCUCUUAAAUCUGAGGCAACUGAAUCUAAAAAUGUUAUUUCCAGACUUUUGGGACAAAUUGAUAUUCUCCGGGAGGAGAAAACACGGCUCGAAAACGAGAACCGUGAAUUAAAAAAAAGCACCAGACCAGUAUUUUUAUCAAGCAUAGGUCCAGUGGCCUUUACUUCCUUCACCAGUGAACAGCCUUCGGUAAAUUCGACUGGUAUUGAAAUUGGGGCGUACUCCUCUGAUGAACAAUCUUCAACGCUUGAUCCAAUAGCCUUUGCUUCCUUUACCAGUGAACAGUCUUCGGUAUUGAAGUUGAGCCUUACUCCUCCUGAUGAACAAUAUUCAACACUUGAUAUUCGAGAUAUGACGUCUUAUGAUCCUUCCUCCGGUAGAUAA